AUGCACGAUAAACUGAGCCAGGCAGUGAAGUUGUACGACCAACUGUUGACGCAGCGGGUGGCGCAGCCUCAGUGGAGGCAGUCGACGUAUGCUCAGCCACCGCCGCAACAAGGUUACUCUCAACAACAGCCAGCCUAUCAGCAGCAAACGACGUAUGCGCCGCCGCAACAGCAGCAAGCAUACCAAUCUCAGCAGUAUACUCAAUGGCAGCAGCCCCAGCAGGUUUCCGCGUCUGUUCAGCAGGAAUCGACAAGUUAUAUGGCGCAAGCGACCUCAUCGCCGCCUGUGGCGUUCCAACCGCUGGCAUCUCCGGCAGCGUAUCAGCCACCACAAUCGCCUGUUAGUGCUCAGCCGUCCGCGUACCAGCAAUCCUUCGCAGCUACCCCCGCUCCGCCGUCUAUCCCCCACGUCACGUACUCGCCUCGGUUUACGACAGAUGGCGCUUCGACGCCGACGCCGGGUAUUGAACAGCAGCAGCAAAACCCAACGUCUGCUGCCCCGCCACCCGUGUCUAGCUCUCCAGUGCAAGGACAGCCUGUCCGGAGGAGCCAGACGGUGUCGGUGGCCGCUCAGCCGGCGCAGGCGAACGUACAGAGGUCCGGGACGUACGCGGCGCGGUCGCCCAGCGUGCAGCAGUCGUACCACGCCCCGCCUCGAGCGAGCUACCAGACGCCGUCGGGGGCUCAGCCGCAAGGAUACCAGUCGCCGGUGUACCAGGCGCCGCCCCCGCCGAGCGUGAAUCCGAUGGCGUUCCCGGUUGCGCCGACGUCGACGCCGCAGAGCUUCCCGAUGUAUGGGCCGAGCGUGCCGCAGGGUAUCGUGGAGGAGCCGAGGAAGGAGGCGGCGUUGAUCGAGUUGUGA